AUGCCUAAGAUCUCAACCCUCCUCAGCCUCGCCACCAUCUCCCUAACCACCGCCGCCUACGCGCUGCCCGAAGCCUGCACGGGGGUCUGCACCAACAGCCACGACCCGUCCGUAAUCCGGCGCCGGGACGGGACGUACUUCCGCUUCUCAACGGGCGGCAAGAUCGCCGUGCACACGGCGCGGGACCUCACGGGCCCGUGGACGUACCAGGGCGCGGCACUGCCGCGGGGCUCGGCGAUCAGCCUGCGCGGCAACCAGGAUCUCUGGGCACCAGACAUCUCCUUUGUAGACACACAGUACGUCCUCCUGUACUCAGUAAGCACGUUCGGAUCGCAAAACUCGGCGGUCGGGCUCGCCACAUCGCCCAGCAUGGACACUGGAACAUGGACCGACGCCGGAGCCGUGGUGGCAUCCACACCGCAGUCGCGCUACAACGCGAUCGACGGGAACCUGGUCUCGAGCGCCUCUGGCGGUGUUGACGGCAGCGGGCCAUCGUACAGCCUCGUGUUCGGCAGUUUCUGGGACGGCAUCUUCGCGGCGCCCGUCGACGUCAGCACCGGCAACAACAGCGUGCGGGUGCGGAUGCGAGCGGGUGCGGAUGCGGGCGGGCAACACAUACAGCUGUCGUUCGACAGCAGCGACAGGGCGCGCGAGGGCGGGUUCGUGUUCCCGGCCGCCGGCGGGCAGUACUUUCUGUUCUUCUCGCAGGGGUCGUGCUGCGGGUACGACCGGGAGCGGCCGUCGCGCGGCAAAGAGUACCGGAUCAUGGUGUGCCGGUCGGCGGCGGCGACGGGAGGGUUCGUGGACAAGGCCGGCAAGCCGUGUGCGAGCGGCGGCGGGUCGGUCGUGCUCGAGUCGCACGGCUGGGUCUAUGGGCCUGGCGGCCAGGGAGUCUACCAGGACCCAACCUACGGACCGGUCUUGUACUACCACUAUGUGGACACCCGAGUUGGCUAUGCCGACGGGCAAAAGCGCUUCGGAUGGAAUAAGAUUGAUUUUUCGAGCGGAUGGCCUGUUGUAUAG